AUGGCCUUUCCCAAAAGCUCGGAUCCUUUCUGCAUUGGGGAUUACGAUUCAGUGCGACCGUCUUUUGUUCGACUUUGCCCUGUUCUCAGCACCUACUGGAUAUCCGUAGCUUCUUUCUCUGCUACAGCACGCCUCUUCCGACCACAUCUUGAUAUUACACUCUUGGCCCUGGACAGAAAUAUUCUUUGGGGCUCGACACACAUCUACACUCGAUCCGACACGAUACGUUGCAUGUUGAACUUGCAUGUCAAUUGUUAUGGACUUUCUGGCAGUUCCUCUCCCUCCCCCCCGGAUACUGCAACCACGGAGCGCUACGGCCUGGCUCAUGUCAAUGUUGGUCAUCUUCCGUCAGCCAUUGCCCGCUGGAAGACCAGACCAGUCUGGGAAUUCUCUGUCUCUCCAGAACCCACGCAGAUAUCAGUGCGUAUCGUUGCAUAUUAUGCUGCUCAAUCCACUGUGUAUUUACCCUCACGAAAGCUCAUUCUACGUGGGAGCUUUGGACCAAGUCUUCCUGGUAAAAGGAAAAACAAGCAAAAAACUACAAAGACAGACAUGAUACAAGUGUGA